CACAUUGACUCAAAACCAAUUUUUAUUCUCUGUCACAUGGGAAAUUUUGGAUGUGGAGAUGGAGGAUGGACACCGGUCAUGGAGAUUGACGGCAGCAAGAGAACCUUUCAUUAUUACUCGGGGUACUGGAGUGAUAAAAAUGAAUACAACCUUCCUGGAGGGGAGACUGGGUUUGACUCACAAGAGACCAAGUUACCCACCUACUGGAACACAUCCUUCUCCAAGAUCUGUCUUGGUAUGAAGAUCGGCAAUCAGAUCAGGUUCAUUGUCAUCAACAAGCAGGCCAACUCUCUGAACUCACUGGUCGCUGACGGGCAAUACCGCGCCACCUCACUGGGUCGUAACACUUGGAAGACGCUGAUUGGUUUACAGGCCUCAUUGCAGCUCAACUGUAACAAGGAAGGAUUCAAUGCUGCAGGUGGCGCUCAGGACUGGUCUAAAGCAAGGAUCGGUUUCCUAGGUAACAAUGAAAACAUUUGCGACACCCCUGACUCGAGAAUCGGGUUUGGUACAGGAGGGCGUCAUGAUGACUCCAACACCUGUGGAAACGAGGCAACGGGUUCCCCAGAUAAUGGACACAAACACAUCAAAGCUAUGGGUUACAUUUUAGUGCAGUAAGAAGGAACUGAUAAAAUGAAGUCAAUAUCCAUUACUUAAAUCCAUUUACUCAAAACACAUUAAAAUCACGUCAGUUUCAUAUUUUUAACCCUAUUUAACAUGGACUUUAGUUUCGUCUGUAACCCUGAAGGGGUGAGGUUCUUUUAGCCGACCAUAUGUAUUUCCAAAAGAGUGUACUCAAUAGGCUUGUAAGGCAUCCGAACUUGCAAAUAAUCACGUGUCAUUUUCGACGUCAUACACCUUAGUGACGUCAUGUUUAAAAACACCCGCCAUCUUGGAUCCGCCAUGUUAGAUUUAGAUCAGAUUUUUGACUUCUUUAUUUCCACAGUAAAGAAAAGAAUAAAUUGUUAAAUUUAAAAAAAAUGUUUGGUUUCAAUAAUUUUUUUCAGAAAUGCAGGAACAACUGAAAAACCGAUAUAGACAAAUCCAGAAAGCAUAUGAAGAUUCAACAAAUUGGAAAGAUUUGGUCAUUAAAAUCGCUACAAAUUCCAAAGUCUCUCCAGAACAUAAAUUUAAAAUUUUGAAACACCAAACUUGGAUAUAACACUGCUUACCAUGGACACGUGAGGUUACAUGGGGAUUAGCCAAACAGUUUAAAAACAAAUUUUUGGGCAUUACUUGCUGCCAUUGUUGUUGUGGGAGUCGUGGCGGCCUCAUGGUUAGUGCACUUGUCUCCGGACCGAGCAGUCUGGGUUCGAGCCCUGACCGGGGGCAUUGCGUUGUGGUCUUGAUGAAAACACUACUCUCACACUGUCACCCUCCACCCAGGUGUAUAAAUGGGUAGCAGCGAAUUUUAUUGCUGGGGGUAACCCUGCAAUGG